AUGGCCUCUCUUAUCCCCAUCCUCGCCCAGCUUGCAGUGGCCAGCCUUGUCAUCCGGGUGGCUUAUCUUUGCUAUUUCCAUCCUCUGGCACGCUAUCCAGGGCCCUUUUGGGCCCGCUUUACGAACCUGUGGCGCUUCUUCACCUUCCUUGGCGGUCACCACCAUCUUUCGGAACAGCAGUUGCAUGAGAAAUAUGGCCGCGUAGUCCGUGUCGCCCCAGAUUGGCUCUCCUUUUCAAGUUUGGAGGAUUUUGAUGCCAUCUAUGGAUUCAACAAGUCCAUUGAGAAGGGAGAUUUUUUCACCUUUGGACGAGGUUCCAGUCAAUGUGAAGCGAGUAUCUUCUCCACCAAAUCGAACUCCCUCCAUCGUCAGAAGAAAAGGAAGGUUUUUGGACCUGCCCUAUCAAGUGCCAAGGUAGGGAAAUAUGAAUCUGUUAUUACCAAGCAUGUAGCAGUCUUGCUGGCACGGUUGGAGUCGUCGCGACGUCCAGCGAAUGACAGAAUUGCUGCUGUAAAUGUGGCCCCUUUGAUGUCUCAAUUCACUUUGGACACGAUGCUGGAGGUCUUGUUUGGCCCGGCUGUAGCAUCACACCCAUAUACUGAUAGUGCCGUGGCCGGUGACAUCUGCUCGCAGCUUCGCAAAAUGACCAAGAUGGCAUGGAGCUUUUCUCUUUGGCCCUUCUAUGGGUGGGUCAUGAACAGUCGACCCGUCAGUGCCUUUCUUCGCAGGCCCUUUUACCAGAAAAAGGGGGUGCCAACCGGAAUGGCUGGCCUCAUGGCCGCGGGCCAUAUCUCCAUCACGCGGAAUCCAGAAAGCAUCGCCCGGGCUCCGCAACCCGGUAUUGUGAAAAGUUGGCUGGAAGUUCCUGUCGACGACGCAAAUCGUAUGACACAGGGCGAAGUCCUGGCAGAGGCUAUGAAUAUGGUUUUCGCCGGCCCUGGGAGCAUGGCGGCCGCUCUCACGGCCAUACUUCGCAAGGAGGCGGUGUUCUUUGGAGGCAACACUAUGGCUGCUUCUAUCCCGCUCGAGCUGCAAGCCGUGAUAAAGGAGACAAUGCGCUUGCGCGCAGUAUUCCCCACUGCAUUUCCUCGGGUGAUCAAGCCUGGCGCUGAAAGAGUCAUUCCCAGCCUGUCGAGUCCGCUACCGGUCGGCACCACGGUGUCGGCGAAUACGUACGUCCUGGGUCGGUCGCGCGAGCUCUGGGGGGAUGAUGUCGACGAAUGGACCCCACAGCGAUGGCUUGGAGAUGAUGAACACCGACGGCAGAUGGAAACCAAGUUCAUUGCGUUUAGCAGAGGUCCCCGUGGCUGCAUCGGAAGGGAUCUGGCCAUGCUCGUCAUAGCAAAAGCGGUGAUGGCGCUCCUCCAGCAAUGGCAAAUCCGAAGCGUAGGACAAUUGGAAGGUCGAAGCUGGCUGGAAAUGCAGUACGACGACUGUUGGCUCGAACUCGAGCGGAGAAUCCCGGCGUGGUGAGCGAUGAGGUGGCCCCGGUCGGGGUCCCGUUUGGGGGGGGAGAGGGUCGGGCACCCAUUUGGGAGGCCGUCAUUUGCUAUAGUUCAGAAAAUCGCCUCCAGAUGCCUCUGUAGACGCCUAGAUGGAAGGCACAGCCCGGAGAGUGGAUUUGGAAGGGGGGAGGGUCAUCGUUUCCCUCAUUUCCCCUCUUCUUACUCAGGCAGUCGCCGCCACGAACGAUUCUGGAUCCGGCAAGGAUGACCCAGGGAGGGUCUUUCCUACAAUCUAUAUCAAGGCCCUCCUUUCCCCGGCCUUGGGGAAGCGUUGUUGUUUGCUGUUCCAUACCCUUGGAUGACUAAUCCAUCUCAGAUCCUCGCCCUCUUCUUC